AUGACACCACUUCGUCGCCAGGAAGCCCUAAUGAAGAUUUCAGCUAUCUUCGAUGAAGAGGCCACCCCUCCUAUCUCACUUAUGCCGGCCCCUGACCCCGUAAGUCACUCCCCUCCCAAAGCACAAGACGUCACGGAUGCUCAACAAGAGCGUACAGUAGACUCAAUCGAUAGCUUCAUGGAGGGAUUAUAUAAUUGCUCUCCUGAUGACACCAACUCGACAUUCAAUCUGGAAGACCUAAUCGUCAGUCAACCCACCAUACCAGCGGCAUCACCUAUGCAGCAGGAUAACACUUCUAUGGCCUCUCCACCACAGUUGCACUUUACACCCCCGAUCCAAAACAUUCCUUCACCACCACUUCUAUCAGCUGAAACCUCGCUACCCCCACCUCAACCACCACUUCUAUCACCUGCAACCCCGCUACCGCCACCUCAACCAACUCCAAUGGUCACUCGCAAACGUGCCCGAGAGUCGAAGAAGCAAACAGAAAAUCAAAAAACUCUGCCCGUACUUAUGGCAAAAUACAGUUUACACUCAUGGCUGGAACGUUAUGUGAUCGAAGUGCGAGAAGUGGAAGGUGAUGGCCACUGUGGAUUCCGCGCCAUCGCAGUUUCUAUCGGUCGACACCAGGACUAUUGGCAUCAAAUCUGCCAAAUGAUGCAGGAUACAAUCAAAAGCAUACCAGAUUCAUUAGAGUGUACCUUACCCAAGACACGCGCCUGA